CUUCUUUAGAUCUUCGACGCGGCCACCUUCGCCGUUCCGCUCGCUCGGCCGAUGGCAUUCUCCAAGCUACGAGCAGCCGAAAUUGUUGUCAAGAGGCAGCUUCUCUGGCGAUCGGAGUCUUUCUUCUCCACCAGUAUCGUCGGCGAUGAGCCCAUUCUUGUCCGCGACUUCAUUCGGUCUGCAUUAUAUGAUCCGAAAAAUGGCUACUUCUCCAAAUUGUCGGGAUCAGUUGGGCAGCUCGAUAAAAGCAUUCGGUUCAAUCAGCUUGAAGGUAGGGUUGCUUAUCAGAAACAUCUCAGCAAACUAUACAAAGAACACGAUAUUUCAUGGUUUACUCCUGUGGAGCUGUUCAGGCCAUGGUAUGCAUAUGGUAUUGCUGGAGCAAUAAUGCGGACAGCUGACCUGUCAAUCCCACUUAAGAUAUAUGAGAUUGGAGGUGGUUCAGGAACAUGUGCGAAGUGUAUUUUGGAUUACAUGAUGUUGAAUGCACCAAAGAAAGUUUAUGACAACAUGACAUAUGUCUCAGUUGAGAUUAGUGAGUCACUUGCUGAGAAACAGAUGCAAAUGGUUGGAGAGGUUCGUAGCCAUUUAUCAAAAUUCAGGGUUGAACAACGUGAUGCGACUGACAGAAUUGGAUGGGCCAAUGGAUAUCCUGAACCAUGCUGGGUGAUCAUGCUUGAGGUGCUUGACAAUCUUCCACAUGAUCUACUCUAUUCCCCAAAUCAGGUGUCUCCAUGGAUGGAAGUUUGGUUGGAGAAGGCAAAAGGUAGCUUGCAAAUUUCAGAAGUCUAUAAGCCAAUACAAGAUUUGUUGAUUGCCAAAUGCAUCAAGAUUAUUGGCUUGGAUGAAGAUCAUGCUUCUGGUACAAACAGGUUAGUUUCUGCAAGUAGGCGUAUUUGGUCAAAAGCUUUUCCGAGGCCCCGAAGAUCUUGGAUGCCAACUGGUUGCUUGAAACUAAUGGAGGUUCUACAUUCGGCUCUGCCAAAGAUGUCCCUUAUUGCUUCUGAUUUCAGCUAUCUUCCAGAAGUUAGGAUACCUGGUGAUAGAGCUCCUUUAGUUUCCUCCAUGAAGGGUGGAAGGACUACGGAUUAUGACAGCUACCUUGAUGCGAAGGGAAAUGCCGAUAUCUUCUUCCCAACAGAUUUCUGGCUGCUAGAGAGAAUUGACCAUUACACCUCUGUCUGGUCAUCUGAGCAAAAGGUUUCCACUCCUCAAAAGCCAUUAAAAAAGAGGAGAACAAUCAUUCUUGAUACAUCCGCUUUCAUGGAUGAAUUUGGUUUGCCAUCAAAGACGAGGACAAAAGAUGGAUACAAUCCAUUGGUCGAUGACUUUAAGAACACUAAAUUUUACAUUAGUGUGCCAACACAUAACAUCGCAUAAUCAUUGCUCAGAGGACAAGCAGCUGGACAAUGUACAUAUGUCAGGGCACAACAUUCAAUGUGUUCCACAGCAUAAUUUUCUUCCGCUGCUCAAACAAAUAAGAUAAAGAAAUACUCCUCGGUUGGGUUCAUUCUCAUGCUGUUAUGUACUAGCCACAUGGAUUAACUGUAAUUCUUUUUGAGCAGCUGGUAAGUUUCUUGCAUCAUACCUUUUCUACAUUAGAAAUGAUUGGAAGUAUUAUUGUCUUCUGAUACCUCUGCUGUUUAUUAUUUCCAUUCUUUUUUCGAAUUGCCGUCAUAGACUUGUUACUGAUUCUUAUUUUAAAGUUAUCAGUUCGGAAAAAUGCUGUCCAGUAAUCAAACUGAUUUUAAAACUAUAGUUCUCUUUUGUAGUAGUGAUGGGUGUAGGUUAAAAUGCUGUCCAGGAAUAAAUUGGCUUUAAAGCUAUAUAGUUCUCUUUUGUA